AUGGGUGAAAAGCCUUCGUCCUGGGCUUGUUUGCUUACACUCCUAGCGACAGCACAGGUCUUGCUGCUCACCUACGGCCAACAGCACAAGCGGUCCUUCACCAUAGAUUAUGAGAACAACUGCUUCCUAAAAGAUGGCGAGCCGUUUCAGAUCAUCUCCGGUUCCAUGCACUACUUCAGGACACUUCCGGAGCAGUGGGAAGACAGACUCACCACCAUGAAGACAGUGGGCCUCAACACCCUUCAAACCUACAUCGAAUGGAGCAGCCACGAGCCCGAAAAUGGCCAGUACGACUUCGAGGGACAAGAAGACAUCGUGAAGUUCAUUAAAAUCGCGGAACGCCUCGGGUUUCUGGUAAUACUCAGGCCAGGUCCCUUCAUCGACGCCGAGCGAGACAUGGGAGGUUUUCCGUAUUGGCUGCUGAGUGAGGACAACACGGUCAGACUUCGAUCCAGCGAUCAAAGAUACCUGAAAUAUGUGGACCGCUACUUCUCCAAGCUGCUCCCGCUUCUCAAGCCGCUUUUGUAUUCUAACGGUGGACCAGUCUUGAUGCUUCAGGUUGAGAACGAGUACGGCAGUUACCACGAAUGUGACUUCGUCUACACGGCCCACCUGAAAGACUUGAUGCGUCGCCACCUGGGCCCUGGCGUUCUGCUGUACACCACCGACGGCAACGGAGACAGAUACCUCAAGUGCGGAAAGAACGACGGGGCCUACACCACCAUCGACUUCGGUCCCGGUGCGGACGUGGUGGCCUCCUUCGCCGCCCAGAGGCGUCACCAAGACCGCGGUCCUCUUAUGAACUCCGAGUUCUACUCGGGUUGGCUGGACAACUGGGGCGACAAACACUGGGAGGGAAACGCUUCUGCCGUUGCUGAGACGCUGCGAGAGAUGCUGACCAUGAACGCUUCCGUCAACAUAUACGUGUUCCACGGAGGAUCUUCUUUCGGAUGCACAGCUGGCGCCAAUCUUGACAAAGACGUCUACUCUCCAAAUCCGACCAGCUACGACUAUGACGCCCCAAUGAACGAGGCUGGAGAUCCAACUGAAAUGUUUGAGGCUCUGCGCCAAGUCAUCAGCGAGUUUGUGCCCGAACCUCCCCUGGAGCCCGUGCCGUCACCUAAAGCGAAGAUGGCGCUAGGACCCUUUACAAUGAGACGUGUGAUGGGCCUCGAAGACAUCAUGACGACGGGACCCAUCAUCUCCUCCGAGUUUCCCUUGUCAUUCGAACAAGUUGGCCACGGUCACGGCUUGAUGAUCUACUACACGAAGAUAUCUUUCCGGCCUCGGGACCCGGCGGUUCUGCACAUACCCGGACUUCGAGACCGUGGUUACGUCUACGUCGAAAAUGAAUACAAGGGGCUGUUAUCUCGCAUGGACAAUGUCUACGACGUCUUAGUUCCCAUCAAGAAAGGACAGAACCUGGCAAUCGUGGUCGAGAACCAAGGACGGAUUGCAGACGCAUCUGGAAACAACGACACGAAGGGCAUUAUAUCGAACGUAACAUUGUCCGGAAAGGUUUUGAGUCGGUGGUCGAUGAUGCCCAUCCCGCUGAGCGAAUUAUCCGGCCUUCAGAGCAUCGACUCUAACGUCAAUUCUUCACACCAACAAACGGAAGGCAUAGGGGCCUACAUCGCAGACUUUCCCGGACCAGAAGGCGAAGUCUUGGACACAUUUCUCCAGGUAGACGGAUGGAAAAAGGGCUUCGCCUUUUUGAACAGUUUCAAUCUGGGCCGCUACUGGCCGGCGAUGGGCCCGCAGAUGACCCUCUACGUACCCUCGGUCUUGUUCCAAGAGCGCAACCGUCUUCUGCUUCUGGAGUUGGAACGCGCGCCCUGCGGUCUCUCUGAGAAUUGCGUCGCCGAGUUUGUGAAGACACCCGUGAUCAACGGCGCGGUGCCGGACAGACCGUGACCGGUGCCCGAAGACGCGUGACUCAGUUCAACGCUGGGAAUUCAUUAUAUUGGCCGACAGCUCGAGGAACGCUGGGCGUGUUCUAUUAUCU